CUAAGACAGAUUAGAAAUUGAAAUCGAAAACGCAGUCGCGUGCAGAGGUGUUCCUCUGUUCGUCCUCGUGCUCACUUCUCGAUUCCAUUGCGAUGCUCACGUCCCGGUGAUCACCGGCGGCCAGGGGCUUACAGUGGUAUCAGAAGCUUAUCGAUCCUCGGCCUCACAAUCCCUACCCACCCUCCCGUAGCGAAUCGGAGUUCAUCGGAGCAGCAGGUCGGAGGCGGAACGAGUUCUCGCAGCAGCUUCGGCCGCCGCGAAUUAACCUCGCUUCUGCGUCGAUUUCUGGUUGUCUCACCUUCGAUUCGUUACCCACCCACCCCACCCACCAAAUCGAGGUCCGGAUCUCUCUUCGCGCGCGUCGUCUUCCCCAUCGGCGGCGGCGGCUUCUUCACCAUUCUCUACGGCGACGCGUCCACCUCCACCAGCGUCGUCGUCGGCGUCUCUUCAUCGACUGGGGUCUGCAUCGACACUAGGGUUCGGCGGCGUGAACCACUGUGAGCUUAUUCCUCUUCGCUCACUACUUUCUGUGAUACUAGCGUCGAUUUCGACCUAGGGUUGCGUAGCAAUUGUCUGCGUGUAAAAUUCCGUAAGUCGGCUUCGAUUUGCUAGUGGUGGCGUGUGGUGAGGAACGGUCCGUCGACCCAGGUUGCGGAGCAAGUCUCCGUGUGAAAUCCCGAGGUCGCGCCUCCGUUCCAGGCGGCGGUGAUUUGGGGCGGAACACUUGUGGGGAGGCUAGGCCAAACCAGCUGUUCGGUCCUUGUUGUGUUUUGUAUUGUUGCUGUUCCAAAUAGUCAUCACGGCUCCCAGGCGACAGGCGGCUAAUCCUGUUCCCUCUACUCAAACUCAGUUUGUGUUGACUCAAAUGGCUGCUAACGCUGAGGCUGAGCGGCAGUUCCGUGAGGAUAUGCAGGAGAAUUUUAAUCUUAUGUUUGCCAGGAUGAAUGAUCUGGGUAAAAUUCAACAGGAGAUGAAAUCAGACAUGACCAACACCACCACUCGACUGGCUAAGUGUCUGGAUGAUCAGAAGCUUGUGGCUCAGCAAGUGUUGGCUAAUGGGGAUGCUAUUUCUCGCUUGAUUCAAAGAGAGCGGCCAACACCACUGCAGUCUGUCAACAGCAGUUCUGGUAUCUCUGAGGAGGAGGAGGAUGUGGACUCAUUCCAGAAUGAGUUUGCUGCUGGCAGUGGACCUUCUCAUCGCAGACAUAGAGGCUCUUAUCGACAUCACUGUCCUCACAAUGAUAGGAACUCUAUGCCUCAUCAUGCUAUUCCCAAGAUGCAGUUUCCCUUCUUUGAUGGCACUCAACCAAAAAUUUGGCUGGACAAGUGCACCAGAUACUUCAAGAUUUACAACAUGGAGAAGAAACUGUGGGUGGAAGCAGCCUCUUUGCAUCUUCAGGAGAAUGCAGCUAAGUGGUGGCAAGUAUAUCAGCUUCAACAUCCUGAUGUCAAGUGGAAGAAUUUUGCUGAGGAUAUACAGUCCAAGUUUGGCAAUGAGGAUCACAGAUCUGCAAUGAGUGAGCUCCUGGAUUUGAGGCAAACCACUACUGUUGAGGAUUAUGCCUCUCAGUUUCAGUCCUUGCAGUAUGAUGUUACUAUGCAUGGAGGUCAUGAUGAUCCUGUAUUCUUUGCAACUCAGUUUGUCAAAGGUCUGCGAGAGGACAUCAGAGUAGUGGUAGAGCCUCAAGUACCUACAACUGUGGAUAGAGCUGUCAUCAUUGCUAAAAUUCAACAGAAAGUUGUGGAUCGCAGCAAGCUUAAGGGGCCAGCUAAGCCCAUGGCUCCUAAACCUUUUGCUGCCAAACCUGAAGCUAAACAAGCCACUACAUAUACCAAUCUUUGGAGAGACAAGCAACUCCGGGACUAUAGAAAGACCAACAACCUUUGUUAUUCUUGUGGUGAGAAAUAUGAACCUGGUCAUGCCGAGGUCUGCAGUAAAAGAGCGAACGAUACUCCGGGAAGUUAUCAAACGCAUCGGUAUAUUGUGCUCAUGCUCUUCAUGCAAUGGUCGAAAAGUGAGUUUUCUCCUCAUGUUGUAGUCUGCUACUCUUCAUGCAAUGGUUCAUUCAGCACACUCCACAGUGGGAAAUUUGCUUUGUUUUGUGAUUCAUGUCUUGAAUCUAAGGAGGCUAAGAAUAAUAGCAGCCACGCAGCGCCGCCGCCUCCCGCCGUCGAACUCUCCUUCGGCUUCGCCUCGUCCCCUCUCUGCUUCCGCAUCAGGAAUAAAGGCGCAUUCGUUGUUGAAGGAGGGGAGCGAUGGAGCACGGGUCGUUGGACGAUUCGAGCUCGUCGACGUUCUCUAUCAUGGAGGAGGACCAUACCCUGGCCAACUCUGUCAGAUUCGUCCUCAACCAGGACCCAAGGGUCGCAUUUUGUGGAUACAGCAUUCCUCAUCCUGCUGAGAACAAAGUUAACAUACGGGUUCAGACUACAGGAGAUCCAGCCAAGGAUGUUCUGAAAGAUGCAUUGCAAGACCUGAUGGUGAUGUGCCAGCAUAUAAGGGGGACACUUGACACUGCAGUGGCUGAUUUUCGAGGGAACAAAACAGCAGAAGCCAUGGACAUCGAUUUGAACAAAAAAUAGAAGGUUCCAUAUGGUCAUUAGCAAAUUGCAGAAAUACCCAUAUGGCCGCGUAUCCUUAGACCUUAGUGUGCAACUCAGUUAUAAAUUAUUCAGUUGUAUGGGAUGUAGUCCUUCAAGUAGGCUUAAACCAAAGUACGAAAUGGCAUUGCCACUGGGGUACUUGUCUGAGUAAAAUUCGUGCACCUAUUCUGUUGUUCCUU